GUUUGCCUUCGGGUAAAGGGCUGGCGACUUUGGAACACGAAAUAUUUGCAUCUUUGGUAGGAUUCGACCUUUUUCUUCUUUUUUCUUUAAGGCUUUCGGUUGUCAUUUAGGAAUGGCAAAUACACAUGAAUUAACUGUUGAAGAUGUGGCUCCAAGUGGAAUUAUCAGCCAGGGAAAUAAGAGUGCCCAACAAUAAUAUUUCAUUGAUCUACGCUCAUCCAAACCAGCGCAGUUUGUAAAGUCACGGUUGCGUUAUUGUUGCAGAAACAGAUUAGUGGAAUGCUUGCCGUUUAAUUUCCUACCCUCAGCAUUGAAGUUAUAAUUAUAACCGGUGGAAAAACAACUACCUCAACUUGUGUACGCACGUAAAGGUUAGGCUAUUUCUGACGCGGCCGCUUGAAAAAUCGAGUUCACUAUAGAUGCGGCCACUGCUUAGUGCUUUAAGUGUUCUCCGUUUCUUAAUGGCAAGACCCGAGGAUGUCUGCCUAGCAUGGCUGUGGCUCUCGCACCAGCGACCCGCGGACCGUUAUGGCAUUUAGCCGCGUCUUCUCGGAUCCCCCGUCCAGGAGCAUCUUUAAGAAAUUCGUGGUCAUGCUGUUGUCGCUGCUCACCUCUCUCUACUUCAUGUACUGUCUGGCCGACCGUUGCAGCACCAUGCCCUCUCCGGUGAGAGCGCCCGAGCCAGUCGUGGGUUUCCUCGCGUCCUCGGACUUUCAGGACUGGCAGUCGCUGAGGAGGAAAAGACUGCUCCAAAAAAUCAUUAACAAGCCCGCGUACGACGACGGCGGCAGGCUCACCUCCCGGUUAGACGCGGAUGGAAACGCCGGCGCUGGCGUUGUGGUGUCGGGACUGGAGGCGGACGCGCUGCGGUCCGACUUGCGGCUGGCCGGCUCCUUGGAUCUGGCUUCCGUAUCGCGGGUGGCAGGCUUGUCGGCGCGGACGGGGAGUACAGGUAGACUCAGCCAGCUCGGCGAAGGGACGAAGAAGCUGCCCCAGGCGAUCAUCAUCGGCGUGAAGAAGGGAGGUACUCGGGCGCUGCUGGAGUUUCUGCGCGUGCAUCCAGACAUCCGGGCGGUAGGAGCCGAGCCGCACUUCUUCGACAGGAACUACGACAACGGACUGGAUUGGUACAGGGACCUGAUGCCGAAGACCCUGGAGGGCCAGAUCACCAUGGAGAAGACCCCCAGCUACUUUGUGACCAAGGAGGCCCCGGCCCGGAUCUACGCCAUGUCCCGGGACACCAAGCUCAUCGUGGUGGUGCGGGACCCGGUGACCAGGGCCAUCUCCGACUACACGCAGACGCUGUCCAAAAAGCCCGACAUCCCCACCUUCCAGAGCCUGACCUUCAAAAACAGGACUACGGGUCUGAUCGACACGUCCUGGAGCGCCGUGCAGAUCGGCAUCUACGCCAAGCACCUGGACUCCUGGCUGCAGUUCUUCCCCAUGCGCCAGAUCCUGUUCGUGAGCGGGGAGAGGCUGAUCAGCGACCCGGCGGGAGAGCUGGGCCGCGUGCAGGACUUCCUGGGGCUGAAGAGGAUCAUCACGGACAAGCACUUCUACUUCAACCAGACCAAGGGCUUCCCCUGCCUGAAGAAGGCCGAGGGCAGCAGCAAGCCCCACUGCCUGGGCAAGACCAAAGGCCGCACGCACCCCAACAUCCACCCCGAGGUGGUGCAGAGGCUGCGGGACUUCUACCGGCCCUUCAACAUGAAGUUCUACCAGAUGACGGGGCGCAUUUUCGGAUGGGAGGAGUGAACGGGCCUCUUGCGGUGGUGGUGUAGGUGUACUGACAGUCUCGUGACUGAGGGACCAUGGAGGGAUGUACAUCCACCCAUCCUCCCACGCACCUUGUUUGAGCAAUACACUUGUGUGAGUGAAUAUUUAAGGGAGCGGGGCUGGGACUUUUAAACCACGGGUCACGUCUGACGGGUGUCCUCACUGUGAGACAGGAAAUGCAGAUUUUUUGACCAACCACUUUCCUCCUGUCCAAUGAACACUCAGCUUGGGUCUGAGUGAGGCACAGAGGAUCAUGGGUAAAAAAAAAAAAGAAGGGGGAUCUUCUAACGCAGAGCUUCAGGGAGGAGUGUGUCUCCGUUGCCUUGGUUGCAGUAUGCAGAAAUGAAAAUAAAACAACGCUCUUCUCGGUUGCUCGAGGAAUCAGAAUUACAGGUCACGUCUCGUGGUGGAGACGUGGAGGGGUCGAUUAAUGAUCCGUCUUUUCUGAAUUACCGGUUUUAUUCGCCGUAUUUUAAACGUACCGAGCUGCUUCUCAAGCUCGGCCAUCCUGAGGGUGGGGUUGGGGGGGGUGUGGGGUGUGGUGAAAUGAUAUGAGAAUAAUAAAAAAAACGUAUUUUUGAAGUUAUUUAUUUAUAAUAAUGUACACAUAUAUUACUAUUUUAAAUAAUCCACCACUUCUAUUUCUGUACUGGCAUUCUGGGUGUUUUUACAUUCUCGACGCCGAUAAAGUUUGCGUCUAUUCUGUGUUCCGCGUAACAAAAUAGCCAUGUUCUUUUUCCUAACGAGCAUUUUCCGUUCCGGUAUUUUUAAACGCGCGUUUUUCAAAACGAAAGUUCCCCCCCCCGCACUUUUGUACUCCGGUCCCGUUCGAAACCCACGGUUCCUGUCGCUGAACGGGAGCCUCCGGACUGUUUAUUGUUUUUUCCCCGAGGCCGUUUCCCCGUCUCCGUUAAUUAAUGAGGCUAAUCGAGUUAGAGGGAGAAGACGUGGACGCCGACCGCCGUAUCGACAUCGGCCAAUCAGAGUGCAGAGGGGCCGCGCGCUGGGCGACCGAGUCUGGCGUUACCGCCCUGCUGCCCACGGCAACCCGAUACCGCUGAUGUCGGCCAUCUUCCCCGCCUCGG